UGCUUCUUUGUCUUUCUCUCCCCCAAAACCAAACUCCAAUUCAUUCUCAAAUGGCAUUUCUCCCUCUGCUUCUCCUCCUCUUCCUCACUUCCUCUGCCGUCCCCUAUGCCUCCUCCGCCAACUCCACCCUGACCGCUUACGAAGUUCUCGAGGAAUACGACUUCCCCAUCGGCCUCCUCCCCAAAGGUGUUUUAGGCUACAAACUCAACAGUUCCACCGGUAAGUUCUCCGUAUACUUGAACGGUACCUGUACAUUCACGGUUGACUCUUACAAGCUCAAGUACUCAUCCACAAUCACCGGCGUCAUAUCCAAGGACAAGCUCAAGAGUUUGAGCGGCAUCAAAGUGAAGGUUCUCUUUUUUUGGCUUAGCAUUACGGAAGUUAUCCGUGACGGCGACGAGCUAGAAUUCUCCGUCGGGAUUGCUUCCGCCGAUUUCCCUGUUUCGAAUUUCAGUGAGUGCCCGACUUGCGGAUGUGGAUUUGAUUGUGACAGUGUCAAAUCCAAUGGCUGGAUGGAUAAAUUCAAUCGGCUUGUUUCCACUUUUUAAGUAAGUGUGAUUAGUAUGUAAAUGUUAUGUGGAUUGAAGAAAGAGAUCUUUUAUGUUUGGUUUUAUUGGGCAACAAUCUAAAUAAGAGAUUUUAAAUUUUAGUCGUAUGACAUGCAGGUGUGAUAAAAUAAGAGAUAGAAAAUAAUUGUUUUUCAUUAUGUAACUAAAAAAAAUGUUGGUUU